CACACACACACACACACACCAGGAGUGGACUAUCUCUCUCUCACCUUUGGACCGUCGGUGGAAGGACUUUAUUUGACUCUCUCUCUUCUGGAGCCGGCUGCCCUCACGAGGCUCCUCCACCCUUCUACCGCCUCUCCACCUCUCCGCCAUGGCGGCUCUGGAUUCUCUCCGGUCGGAGGUGGAGGCCGACGGCAGGAGGCCGUGAGCGGAGCGAGACCUCGGGAUGAUGGAGGAGGUGUCCACCAUCAUGGCGUACGACGCCCAGGUCAUGGAGCAGAUGAGCGAGGAGGAGAUCCUGGCCUGCCUGAUCCCGGCCACGGAAGCCAACCUGGGGGAGAGUCGUCUUGAGUUGAUGGACGACGACGAGCCUUUGGACAGAUACCUGAAGGAGAACCACCGGCUGCAGCAGGCCGGCCUCCGUCUGGAGCAGGAGAACGACAACCUGGCCCACCGGCUGAUCAGCAGCAAGGUGGCGCUGAGGAACAGCCUGAACCUGGUGGAGGACCAGGUGGAGCGGCUCACCACAGACCUGUACCUCACCAAACACCGGCUGCAGGCCACCGAGGAGGAGAAGAGAGGCAAAGACGAGGAGGCGGCCGUGUCCAAGGAGGUGUUCCGGAGAGAGCUCGACAAGGUGGAGCACGAGGUGCGGAGGUCGUCGGGGGUCAUCGCCGACUACAAACAGAUCUGCUCCCAGCUGAACCAGCAGCUGGAGGAGCAGCAGGCCGCCCACAGGGAGGAGCUGGACGCCCUCCAGAGCGCCACGGCGAGCUGCUCCCGCUGCCGACGCCUCGUGGGACCGGGGCCUCCUCAGGCUCUGGGCCUGGAGGAGGAGGAGAAGGAGGACGCCGAGGAUGGAGGAGGUCUUGGUGCGGCGGCGCAGAGGAGGAGAGCCGCCCGGGAAAAGGAGUCCCUCGGAGCCCAGAUCAGGGAUCUGGAGCGAGAGCUGGCCGAGACCAAGGUCCAGAUGGUGGAGGCCAGGUGUAAGAUCCAGGUACCUCCACCUGUAUGGAGCCAAGCAGCACACAGGGCACAUGUUCACACCACCGGGCUGAAGGAGCUGCGGCACCAGAAGGGAACGCUGGCCAACGACCUCCGGGAGGCCAAGGGCAACUGGGUCAGCAAGGCCUUCACCUCGCUGCGGCCCGCCGGCGCCGGGGAGCCUUCCAGGAGGGUCCCGCCCUUUUCAGGGUGGAGCGCCAAGAAGCUGCCGAGGCCUCGAGGGCGAGACCACCGGGAGGACGCGUGACCGCCAACGGCCCCCGAUAAGAGGGCGGGGCCACCGGGAAGACCCCGAUAAAAGGUCAGGGCCUCCGAGAAGACUCCGAUAAGAGGGCGGGGCCACCGAGAAGACUCCGAUAAGAGGGCGGGGCCACCGAGAAGACUCCGAUUAAAGGUCAGGGCCUCCGAGAAGACUCCGAUAAGAGGGCAGGGCCACAGAGUAUUCAUUCAUGAAUCCAGACUGAUGCUGCUAUCGCUUGGUGUCACAGAGGAGGAGGAGCCUGAGAUGUAUACGCCACAUGUACUGUGCUUUGAUUUUGAAAUCUGUAUUAAAACAUGACGACUCA